AUGUUGUCAUGUGUCUGCUGGCUCCAGACGUUCCUCGCCCUGCUCGCCUCCGUGCUCCUGACACUGGGGCAAAACUGUCCGUUUAACUGCCUGUGCCCAGACCCACACACAGUGGACUGCAGCGGCAAGGGCCUGACGCGUCUGCCGGAUUCCAUCCCGCUGGACGUGCGCCGCCUGCUGCUCUCUGACAACUGGAUCCAGCGCAUCCCCGCUGACUUUCUGGUGCUCUACAGCGACCUGGUCUACCUGGACCUGCGCAACAACUCGCUCUCGCACAUCGAGCCCGGCACGCUCAGCACCUCUUCCCGCCUGGUCUUCCUGGACCUGGGCAGCAACAACCUGACAGAGAUCCCCAAGGGGACGUUCGGGGAGUCGCGCAGCUUGAUCAAGCUGCGCCUGGGCAACAACCCGCACCUGAGCAUGGUCAAUGAGGACGCCUUUCUGGGCCUCACCUCCCUGCGGGAGCUGGAACUGGAGCGCAAUGCCCUCUCGGGCCUGGAGGUGGGGGCACUGAGCCAGCUGCCCUCCUUGCGGUUGGUGAGGUUAGAGGGCAAUCCUUGGGUGUGCAACUGCAACUUCGCCAGCCUGUUUGCUUGGCUGAUGGAAAACCUGCACAAGCUCCCUAACGGGGUGGAUGGCCUGGAGUGUUCACUGCCCAUGGACGGGCAGCGCGUCCCCCUCAACCAGCUCUCCCAGGACAGCUUCCGUGAGUGCCAGGGGACCCUCACGCUCACCGACCUCCUCAUCAUCAUCUUCUCUGGCAUCUCCGUGUCCGUGGUGGCCAUCAUCGCCAGCUUCUUCCUGGCCUCCACCGUCCACUGCUUCCAGCGCUGGAGCAAAGGCAAUAAGACAGAGGAAGAGGAGAGCGAAUAGUGAGGAUUGGCUCGGAGCCAGAGCCAAUACCAUGUUUCCUGACCACCUUCCUCUGCUCCUUUUUGGACGAGCGCAAGAAGCAAAAGGGAAGGGACUUCGCGGUGACUUGAAGUCAACAUAGCUGAUUGCGUGACUCUGUGGCAAAUGUCAGCAAGCAAGCAAGCAAUCAGGAACUCUUGAGGUGAACCGUAUCAUCCAUUUAUGUCAGAGAUUUGUCUUUCGCCUUGCCCUGCAAGGUGAGUGGCACUCAGUGACUGUCCCCCAAUCUUUUUAAGAAACCACAGUAGGAAGAGCUCUGUGUCGUUUGGCUGAAAGAACCUUGUCGAGCUUCAACCAGGCCUUAGCACUCACACUGCCAGGGGUUUACUGGUUCUAUUUUAUGGGCUAUUUCAUAUGUCUGUGAAAAGUGCCCUUGCCAUCGAAUAUAUCUUGUGAUGUGAAUUCCUCAAAGGUCAGCACUGUAAUCUGGACACACUGGCUUCCUGUCUGUAGUCAAUAUUAUGCUGUGCUUUCAUUGACGUGAGUAUCCACAGCGAUAUAACUGGUAAAUGUAGGAACCGAGUAGCUUAAUGCUCUCAAAUAUCCACAAUAGUAGACAUCAUAGUGAGUUUUUAAAAGUGGGAAGGUAUAGCUGUGACACAUUUAAUGGUAGCAGUUCCUUUGCCUUUACAAAUUGUCUCCUUAACCAAUUAUUUUCUUAACCAUUGUGUCAGAUUUCGGAAAUUGUACUUAGACUAAUUACAAUUAACAUAGAUUAUAACCUACAGUUAAUAGAAUCUCUGUGUACUGCACUUUAAAUGGUGUCCAUUUUACUUACAGUAUAUUCUGCUGGCCCUCAAUCCACUAAGUGGACUGAAAUUGCUCAGAUCUGCCAAAGACUAGGAGUAGACAUGACCAGCCAAUAGGCAACUCUGAGAUGUAUUCAGAUUUAAAAAGAAAACUAUGGUAUAAAAUGUGCAUUUAAUCAGUGUAGGUAUACUCACAUAGCCUAUGUAUCUUCUGUCAAAACUAAAUAUGUAAACAAAUUAUAUAAAUAUGUUAAAUAUAUAAAAUCAUAAAAAUGUAUCAGGCAACAUUAAUUUAAUUUUAGAGAAGCCAAAUCUGUCAAAUCUGUAUGUCAGGCACUGAUAACACAAAUUAUUUCCAAAUUAUAAGGGCGUCCGCACAGCUUCAUCUGUGUAGCUACAAAUUACGGUCUGUGUCUAUGCUGAGUAAGCAUUGUUAUUAUCCUGGUUCUGCCAUAAAUGUUUAAGAAUUCCAAUCAGCUUUCGCAAAUUACUGUUUUCUUACGAGAUUGCAUUGUGACUGGUGUGAUUCAUGUCAGAUUGCCCAUAGUGGCAGCAAGUGCAAUAGUACAAAGUCAGAUCAUCCUGGGUCAGACCACUGAAAGGCUGUGGCAGUCUUACCACCAUGCAAUUUGAUGGGGAUUGAAAUGGUUCAUACAACCAUGACGAUGUGUAUUACAGGAAGGCCUACAGCUACAUCUGUUUGUCAUCCAUUUUCAUUGCCAGAGGAAAAGGUGUGUGUUCUCUCACACAUUGGUACUUAUUAUUCAUUCGUUUUUAACUGCGAUACCAGUAAUUAUUGGGCGCAAUGACACUUUUGGGCAGUUGACUGGAUGUUGGUUUCUCAUGUAAAUGAGAGGGGUGAGAGUACUGAGCAGCUGCAAUAUAUAUGUGGAAUGAAUGUCUAGAGGGAUGGCUUCUCCAUAGUUACUGUAAUGACACUAAAAGAGCUGGAUUUUGAUCAGUCUUAGGUAGCUGAACAGUACAUGUCUUACUGUCUUUUUUUUUUUUUUUUGCCUCAAGAAUUUCUGAGUUGUCAUUUGGAAGGUGUUUUCGGACGCCCCUGUAUUUGAGAAGGUAGAAAACCGAGGCAGUACACAUUGUAGCCGAGCAUGAAUAAUUCAGAGACUUUGAGAAGCGAAGCAUAAGCCAUGUGAAGCUUCAAAACGUUAACAGCUGGGGGAAAAUGACUCCCACUAUGGAAGGAACACUGAUGCAUUCACUUAUUUCAAAAUAUAACAUUUGGUGUUGUUUUUGCAUGAUUUGACUCUUUUUUUUUUUUUUUAAAGGCAUUACUAUAAGAUAGCAUUUGUUUUACAAGCACCCUCAAAAUCAAGAAUGUUUAAGAUUCAUCCCUUACUCAUUUGAAUUCUUUAUAUUUUGUAGUAUCUCACUACUGAGUUGUACUAUAUUAGGGUUAUGCUGUACACUUCUUAAGCACUGUCUUUUCAGGGACAUGCGGAAACAAACUUAAGCCUCAGAGACAUGAACCAAAAUGCUUGUCUGCUCUAAGUACGCAACUGAGCUCAACAGCCAUAUGCUUGCAUGCUCUGACACGCCGCAACCUGUCUCAGUAUUCUUUUAAUGUACGGCCUCAACCUCCUGCAUUGUAUUCCCAAUUGCCUGUGUUUAGAAAUAAAUAACUACUUUAAAAAAUAUAUCAAGGUCACAGAGCUAGGGCAGCAGCCACCUUCAGGACAAACAAAGACUUGGUAACACUUUGCUAGAUGGACACACAGGAGGUCAUGAAAAUCAGUUAUGUGGGAGCCAAAACUAAUCGGAUGUUUCUUAUAACCACUUAAUCGUACACCACAAAUGUAUUUGAAUUGGGCUCAUUUCAGCUAUCUUUUCGCCAGUAUUUGACUAAUAGGUUUUCAUCAGGCUUAAGGCAUUAGCACUGCUGUUAGCAGCAGACAGUGAACAUAAAAUGGCCCUGGCGUUUGGAUGGUGUCCAUGCGACUGAAAUGCAUUGGUAUCAAUGUCUUUGUCGAGACUGUUGAAAUAUGAGCUUACUUCUCAAUGUUUCGUUACCAAAUGUCUGAAUUAAAUGUGGGUGAGAUGAGGUUUCAUGGAGGAAGUUGUCAGAUCAUGUGUAUCCUAGUUAAUGAAGUGGUGAUGCUUACCAUCACUGCUACAGUGCAUUAGCAUCAAUAUAUGGUGACAACUCUGUGUAUGACUUAAUGUGUGUAACAUGGUCUUUCGACUUGUGUCCUCAGUCUUAACAUACGUAAACCAUGUAUAUGAGUAGACGAUAUUCAACUACUGUGUAGUUGCAGUGAAAUUAAAGUAUCUGUAUUUUUCA